AUGCCGAUUUCCGCAGCACUGUUGCUGCUGUCCGCUGCGACGUUUGUAUCGCUGCUGGCGAUCCUCGGGCAGGCGUUCAUUGCUGUUGAAGCCAGCAUCGAAAUGGGAGAGGACAUGUCCAUUACUGACAGACUCAUCGUGUUUGCGAUUUCCGUGCUGCCUGCUCCGCUGCUGAUUUUGCCAGGUCAGAUACACUUCGGGGCACGGCACAUGCAGGAUCUCCUCCAGCUAAAGCAGCAGCUCGAGAGGUUCAGCGUCAGGGCAGCUGAAACGACAUGCUGCUCCGUUGACCAUUGCCAUCCAUUCACUGGGGAGCUGCUGCCCUGCGACCGAGAGCUGAUAUUCCACACGCUGAGAAGAUGGGACCUGCAACUCCAGUUCGAGCAACACAAGGACUCAGAAGAUCGGCCUGACGGCCGAGAACAGUAUUUGGAUAGGUUCGACCUUCUCGUGCGAAGUCCGCCCCCGUCCUUGCUGACAACAGUUGGAUCAGGCACCCCACCCUUUCAUUACAUCGCGUGGAUGCUGGCACCGUCCCAGCUUGCGCAGCUCCCUCAGAUUCUGCACUUGGGGCUGCGUGGCUCGAGGGGCUGGGGGCUGUGGCAAUGGAUGCUCGACUAUUGCAAAUUUCCCGCAAUUUCCUUCUUUGCUUUCGCCACACUUGUGUUGUGCUGGAGGGCCGGCGCAAGCUUCCCGAGGCAGAUGCCGAGGUGGACAAUGGUCCCAAUUUUAGAGCUCGGGGCUGUCCUCCUGGUGCUCCUCUUCUUCAUGCCGUACCCUCUCGUCCGAAACAAUGUGGAGCCAUCGAGCCUGGCGCCCGCAGUCCCACUGGCCUUCAUGUGGAUCCUCGUGGCUUUGACGUACACAUGGCUGUACCGAGUCCGCAACCCGCAGUGUUGUGGAACCCCAGAUGUGGAGACCGCGAAGGGCUCUGCGAACUCUGCCUGA